AUGGAGGAAUGGGUAUACAAAGGUAAUAGAGUCAUUGUGCCUGGAUCUGAUAUUAUAUGGAAUCCCAGACUUGCGCUCUAUUUAACGGUGUCAAGAAAGGCUAUAUCGGCGUAUCGUGCGAUCGAUGGACAACAGAUUUUGUCAUUCAAGUUCAAGAACACCGAAGAAAAUGUGAUUCAAUGCGAGUGGGAACCGUCUGAAGGCAAGAUGUUUGCUGUGUUCUUUCAAAAUGGGGCCGUUAAGAUAUAUGAUGGGUCAUCAGUUGGUAAAGUCCAAGGAGUUUUGAACCUGAACCCGUCUGACAGGCAAUGUGACAUAAAAUACGGUAUGUGGACUCCGAUGCGAUGGGUAUCUUUCGAACCAGAAUUAGACUUGUUGGACGUUGAUUUGUCGGAACUAAUGCCGCGGCUUGUCAAAAUCGUGACGGGCUCAAAAAAUCUAGAGAUUUUAGAAUACGAAGGCGCGUCCCCGACGUGGCGGUUUCAAGAUCAUCGCAACCUGUCACAUCUGUUUUUGGCGCACGACCGAAAAAACUCGCGGAUUCUGGUCUCAAUCGAUGCGCUUCUUGAAAUUGAUUUCGAAAUUGGAGUCAGAGACGUUUUCAAAGUUGUGCCGGUGGAAAACAAUUCUGGUCAUCUUCUUUGCGUUGGUCGGGACGCCUCUCUUCAGCAUGUACAUCUGAAUUUCUUCAAUUGUGCAUUAACUCGCAAACUCAUAGUUACGUCGGGGAAACUACGGUUUUUGGCUCAGUACUUUACAGAAAACAUGUCUCUGAUCCAGUCCGAGCUCAUUGAUCCGUAUGCCACCUUCAUGAGACGAUUAGUUGACGCGUACGAUGACAAGGAUCUCGUGCGAGAUCUGCGCGAUGUCCUAUUCACCGGAGCGGUCACACCGGCCCUGGAGGACUGGCUAUGCCAUACGAUCGGUGACAAAAACCUGCGACGCUGGCAACAGCUCAGCGAGCGACUGUAUAGCGAGACGAACAAAAUCAUCGUGCUUGCGCUCAUACCGGCUCUGGAACAGCUUACGGUCUCUGCAGAACGAUUUCACGGUCUCGUUAAAGCUCUGCGGCUUCUAAAAUUUGGACUCAGUCACGCUGGCGCGUCCGGCGUUGUAUCUGGUGGCUCUGCGGCGACGCUGCAAGCGUCCGAAGCCCUCGAACUGAUCGCGACCUGCAGAGACGCCCUCACCUUCACGUUUUCCUUGGUUUCAGAGCUAAACUUGCAUGCCAACUUCCGCGUACCGUUUGCGGCUUGGUUUCACGACACCGUGAGCAUAGCGCUCGACGAGGACUACACUCGAAAGGCAGCUCCAGUUCUCACGCCGCGCAAGAUCCUGCAUUUCCUGUCGAACUCGUUUACGUCUACGGCGCUGUUUGACCGCUGCGACUCGCAGCUCAAAUCGCUGGCACAAACCCUGGAUGCCAACGUCCAGGUCCUCUACGAAAACUACACACGACGCUGGACAUUGGCUCAAAUAACCGUUUCUGAGCCAAUUCAGCUACGGGAAGAAGCUCCCUCGAUGGUCUUCGAUGUCCAAAUGACGCCCAUGUCCGAUCUCAUGCUUCUCUGCACAAACUCGGGUCAUUCUGAGCUUAACAUCAUCUCGCAUGCCAUUUCCCGAGCCAACUCUACCAUGAAAUUACGCUCAAGCCAGUACGUCCGGACCAUACCACCGCUACUUGAAGGAACAUCCGGCAAGACCGAAUCGCGCGAAUUGUUCACUGACGCGAAAUUUUCACCAGACGAACCUGCCGUUCUGGCUCUACAUGGCGAUUCUAAAUUAACCUCGACUACCCUAAACUACACAAUUGACGGUUCCGUCCGGAUUACCAGUCCACGAAAGUCCACUCUGGAACCGGCUCAAGGUAUCUCCAGUAUUCGCUUUUCCCAGCAUCACCUCUUGGCUUUAGUCUCUGACAGAAACGCAGAACUAAGGCUUUUUGAAUAUCACAUGAUUUGA